CAUCAUCAAACAGAAGAAAGACGUCGACGCUGCUGGAAUAAAAGUGUGGAAUUCCAACAAUCCUUCUCGUCGUGUGCUGGGAUUUGACACUUUGUUGGGCUUAUCGUCACCGUGAGGGCGUCCAAAGCCGCGCCGCGUCCGCCGGUCCCGUCGAUGAAAGACGCGGGAAGGUUGGUGUGAUGUGACUACUUCUCCCAUGGAGCCUUGCAGCAACAUGCUCGCUCUUAACACAUGGACACACUGCUCAGUGUUGCAGGUCCAAAGAGCCACUGAGCCCCAACAAGUUGUCAUAUUGUGAUAGCCACCCUCCUCUGGUCUCCCCCGACUCUCAACCCUCUGAGACCUCUGGACCACAAAGUUCUACCAGACCCUCCCACCUCUCCUGGCCCGGUCACGGUCCACCUGAGCAUCCGUCCAGUGCUGCGUGCUGCAGGAUGAGAGGUCUCCUGCUGCGUCUGGCCGUCAUGGCCGCCACGCUGCUGAUGGUCCUCCGAGCAGAAGCUGCAGGUCAGAACCCCGACCACGUCCUCCAGGGCACGGGCGUGAAGCCCGAGAUCCGGCGCCCCGGUGAGGACUCCACCAUCGCGCCCGAGGACGCCGCCCGCUUCCUCAGCUGCUACUGCUCCGGACACUGUCCCGAAGACGCCACCAACAACACGUGCCAAACCAAUGGUCAGUGCUUCGCCAUCAUAGAGGAGGACGAGCACGGCGAGGCCAUCCUCACCUCAGGCUGCAUGAAGUAUGAAGGCUCACACUUUCAGUGCAAGGACUCUCCCAAAGCUCAGACCAGGAGGACCAUCGAGUGCUGCAACACGGACUUCUGCAAUCGAGACCUGCAGCCGACCCUGCCCCCCCAGGGGCCUUCUGAAGGCAGCCCCCACUGGUUGGCUUUCCUCAUCUCCAUGACGGUGUGCUGCUGCACCCUCAUCUGCGUCACGGUGGUCUGCUACUACAGGUACAAGUGGCAGAGCGAGCAUCAGCGCUAUCACAAAGAUGUGGAGCAGGAAGUGUUCAUCCCCGCCGGGGAGUCCCUCAAAGACCUCAUCCACCAAUCCCAAAGCUCUGGCAGCGGCUCCGGACUCCCUCUGCUGGUCCAGCGGACCAUCGCCAAGCAGAUCCAGAUGGUGCGUCAGAUCGGGAAAGGUCGUUACGGGGAGGUGUGGCUGGGCCGCUGGAGAGGCGAGAAGGUGGCCGUCAAAGUCUUCUUCACCCGCGAGGAGGCCAGCUGGUUCCGAGAGACGGAAAUCUACCAGACGGUGCUGAUGAGACACGACAACAUCCUCGGCUUCAUCGCGGCUGACAUCAAGGGCACGGGCGCCUUCACGCAGCUCUUCCUCAUCACGGACUACCACGAGAACGGCUCGCUGUACGACUACCUGCGGACCGCCACGCUGGACACGCCCACGCUGCUGAGGCUGGCCUACUCCACCGCCUGCGGCCUCUGUCACCUGCACACCGAGAUCUACGGCACGCAGGGCAAGCCCGCCAUCGCCCACCGCGACCUCAAGAGCAAGAACAUCCUCAUCAAGAAGAACGGCGCCUGCUGCAUCGCUGACCUCGGCCUCGCCGUCAAAUUCAACAGCGACACUAACGAGGUGGACGUCCCCCUGAGCACCCGCAUGGGGACCCGGCGCUACAUGGCACCCGAAGUUCUGGACGAGAGCCUGAAGAAGAACCAGUUCCAAUCCUACAUCAUGGCCGACAUGUACAGCUACGCCCUCGUCGUCUGGGAGAUGGCGAGACGCUGCGUCACUGGGGGGAUGGUGGAGGACUACCAGCUGCCGUAUUACGACAUGGUUCCAUCUGACCCGUCCUAUGAGGACAUGUUGGAGGUGGUGUGUGUGAAGGGGCUGCGACCCACUGUAUCAAACCGCUGGAACAGCGACGAGUGUCUGCGCGCCAUGUUGAAGCUGAUGUCGGAGUGCUGGGCUCAUAGCCCCGCCUCCCGCCUCACCAUCCUCCGAGUGAAGAAGACGCUGGCCAAGAUGGUGGAGUCUCAGGACAUCAAGAUCUGACCUUCAUCCUCCUCUUCCUCCUCCGUGACGCCUGCCACACGCCCACCUCAUCACGUUUAAAAGACGGGCGGCCCGCACGCGCUAUCAGGACGAGGACAGGCGUCUUCCUGCAGCGACGCUUUCUGUGAAAGCCCGGCGGACGACUUCCUGUCCACACGGGGGAAGGGCGAGGGGGAAGGAGGCGUGGCUCCUCAUGACGGACAAUGGUGACACUUUUGAAGGACCCGCCUCCUUCCCCCCCCACCCCACCCCACCCCCCGUCAAAAAAAAAAAAAAAACCUUGACAAACAGUUUGAGUUUGGAUUUUGUGGUGAAGAUGUUCUCCUUCCUCGUCACGUCGUCUUUGUGAGGACUGCACCUGCAUGGCGUCGCCGUGGAGACGUCCACCGUCCUCUCUGUUUGUUUGUUUGUUUGUCCUACAGUGACAGAAACACUCUCAUUGGUGGAGACAAACCUCAGUGGGCGGAGCUGACUGGAUGCCUACAUUGUUUGAAACUUUAUUUAUAACAAACACUUAAAACAGUUAACACCACACAGUUGAGUUCGUCCAUCAAAUAGAAAGUUGGAGCAGAAACCAAAGUGAAGCAAACUCGCCAACAUGUCUUUUCGUCUUUGAGCUUUUCGUCUGUUCACUUUGGCUCCUCCCACUGAGCUUCAUACGUCCAAUUAGACUUUGUAAAUGUGUUUUUCUGGUUGUUUUUUUAAUUAAGACUUUCUUCAGUAGGAAAGUCAUGAAAUUGUCAAGAAUUGUUUAGCGUAGCUUAGCAUUAGCGAGAUGGAGGAUACAAGGUGCUAUGACAACGAGAUUUAACUUAAAGAAGGACGAGAGUUUUGGAUCAUUUACAUUGGAAACUGCUUUCAUUUGUUUGACUGGUGUGCUAAGUAUGCUAAGCUACGCUGACAACAGCUUCUGUCUAAAAAGCAGUACCUUUGCUGUUUUCCUCUUCUGAAUAUGCAAGAAGCCCCAAGUAUAGGAAGAUUGUCGUAUGUAAAAAUUAUGUUUUUAUUGUUUUCUACUUCAUCUGGUUGUGUGCCUUAUGAGUUUACCAAGAAAAAAACGUGUAUACACUCUGUCCAAUGUAACAAUUCUAAGUAAAUAAUCUUAUUUUUAGUACUCAAACAUUCACUUUGGAUCGCUUCUGUUCGUAACUACAAACGCCAGUUACGUGUAAUGAGACCGUUUGAAUUGUUUGCUCACAGCGCCCUCUGCUGGACAUAAACAGCUUUACAUCCAGACCAGUACCGACAUGACGUCAUCAACUAUACUGACAGCUGUUUGUAAUCACCCCCAGGUAAGCUAGAUCAAAACGUUUUUUGUUAUCAUAAAAUUCCGUUUUAAAUCUCUUCAGCAACUGUAAUGCAAUGAAAGGGUGUCAAGUAUUAAAAUUCAACUUUUACUAUAUCCAAUUCAUAGAAAACUAGCUAGGAAAAUGUCGCUAUUGGUUUUUAGCCCUAACAUUGCUACGGAAAGGCUGACGUGACGUGUUUGUCACACUCGCAAAAGUGAGAAGACAAUAUCAUUGUUUCAAUGAUUAUGUUCUUUGUCCAAUUCAACGUACAUUUGUGCUACACAAAACGUGCAAACCAGAGUACGUUUAGCACAGGGUCUGAAGUCAUAUUUAAGACUUGACACCAAUCUCACGUCGGAGGCUCGUGGCACUUAAGAUGGUUGUGCUCGACUAAUUCUGACCGGGCUGCACCGGUACUUACUUCCGUUUUAGCGUCCUCAAAAAUCCAAACACUUAAAAGCAAGCCUGAAGUUUAUACAUUACCUUUUAAAUAAAAGUAAAAUAAACACAUUUAACUACUACGGAAAUGCUGACGUGACAUUUGUCACACUAGCAAAAAAUGCUAGUAAGACCACAAAUGUCGCCGUUUCAGUGAUUCUCGGUAUGUUCUUUGUUCAGUUCAACGUACAUUUGUGCUACACACAAACUCACGGAUACAUUUAGCACAGGGUCUAAAGUCACAUUUACGACUUUUUAAAAGACCAAUUUCACUUAGGAGGCUCAGGGCAUGCAUACGGCACACUUAGCUGAUUGUGUUCGACAAAACACCAGGCUGCAAAGGUACUUUAAUUGUUAUAGCGUCCUCAAAAGUCGAAAAAAGUACGAGUGUUUAUGCAUUUGUUUUAAAUAAAAGUAACAUUAAUACAUUAAGACCUUUCAAACUCAAGACAUGUUAAUGUCUUUAAAUUAUUUCCCAUUAAGAUGUCACAAGGACAGUAACAUCACAUCUUCCACAUCAAUGCGUAUUCUAAAUGUCUGUGGUAUACCUGUAUCUGCCCUCAUGACUUGAAAUGGAUCAGGAUUCUUAUGGAUUACACAAACCCUUUGGUGGCAAAAGUGAUGCUCUGAUGAGGUGUACGUAAUAAAGUGUC